AUGAGAGUACUUCAGGGUAACCUGUAUAGGAGCAGGACGGCGCAUCACGUUCUAGCCCAGCUUUGCUCUGAGAAAAAAGCUGAUGUUGUUCUAAUCAGCGAACAGCACCAGGACGGGGCAGAUUACGUUUGGGUGAGACAUAACUCGACGACUUAUGUCAGUGUAUAUCUCACUCCGAACGACCGGAUAGACGACUUCCAGAUCAAACUGGACGAUCUGGAAGACGCGCUGCGGGAAAUGCUAGGAGAUCUCAUUGUGGCUGGAGACCUCAAUGCCAAAGCUCACGAAUGGGGGAGGUCAGGCCGGACUCCAGAGGAAGACGUAUCAUGGAGGUGGCGUCGAGACUGGAGCUAUCAGUACUCAACACAGGAGGCCAGCCGUGACAAGUGUAAAGCGACCCCCCGGAGGAACAUUAUAAGAAUGUAUCGAGAGAGGCUGUCUUCAGUCAUAGAGGAAGGAUGGAGAUCCCAACAAAGUACUUCCUCGAGUCUAUCGCCACCCGCACAGGCCAGGUUGAUUAGCGCAGCAACCAUACAGCUCAUCCAAAAGGCUUGUGCGGUAGCGGUGCCAAAGAAUGGCGCGAAACGUUUAGCACUACGAGCGAAGAGACGCGACCACGACGCUGCUCCUUUCGCCGCCGACUAUCAAGCGGCCAAGAAAGCCCUAAAGAAGACCAUCAAGGCCAGUCAACGACCGUGCUGGUACUUCAUCGUCACUCGCAAGCUGGGGACUAACACGAAAGGGACCCCUCAGGACGCGAGGACGUUGGAUCACAUCGUGCAAACUCUAUUCCCACCACAGCCGAAGAGAGAGAUCAGCUUGGAUGCGCCCGGAAUAAGCGAGGUACCGCAAUUCACGGAAGAAGAGCUACUCAGGGCCGAAUCUUCUAUGCGGAACAAGAAAGCUCCAGGUCCAGACAGACUUCCAGCAGAAAUAAUUAAGGUCGUCGCGCAAAGUCACCCUGAGCUCUUGCUGAACAUGUAUAACACGUGCCUCAGAGGGGUCAUCUUCGCCGCUUCAUGGAAGAAAGCGAGGCUUGUGCUCAUUAGCAAGGGCAGAGGUCCAAUAGGGGCAGCUUCAUCAUACAGGCCUAUUUGUAUGCUCGAUACGGCUGGAAAACUCCUGGAGAAGCUGCUAAGGUCAAGACUGCACGCAGUCAUGAAGGCAGCGGGGUAUCUUGCCAGCCUCCAGUACGGAUUCCGAUCCGGCCUCUUCACCAUCCACGCAAUCCAGGAGGUGGUUACGGCCGCUAAAAUGAUGGAGCGACACAAUGAUCGAACUCGACCUCUGUGCCUGAUGGCCACCUUAGACGUGAGAAAUGCCUUCAACUCCGUCAGGUGGGACCUGAUAAGGGAAGCGCUCGAAUUUCGGUGUUCCGAAGUACCUACUCCGAAUCAUUGA